AUGACCACCGCCCCAACAGCCUCCGUCGCGCCCACCGACGCCCUCGCCUUCUACGGCCCCGGCGGCCAAUCCGCCAACCUGAAACCCUACACCGGCUCCUGCUUCUGCGGCCUCAUCGCUUACUCACUCUUCGCUCCGGACCUCUCUCUAGCGCCCGUCACGCAAUGUAACUGCAGCUGGUGUCGUACACAGGGGCUGUAUGGUCUGGUAGUCUGGAAGGAGGAUGUAAAGUUCUUGGCUGGUGAGGAUAAACUCAAGGAGUUCAGGUGGAAUACGGGGAGUAUGCCGCAUCGGUUCUGUCCGGAGUGUUCGACGAAUCUGUUUACAUGGCAUGAGAAUAUGCGGGGGCCGCAUGUUAGGGAGGGGUGGGAGGGGAAGUUCGCUGUUGUUAACGUGAGGACGUUCAAGGGCGUGGAACUUGACAAGCUGAAAUUUCGGGCGUUCGACGGGAAGUCUUUGUUGCCGCUGGCUGAGUCUAAUGCAGAGGCAGUGGACUUCGGCUGUCUUCCAGGCAUGAAGUUACUUGACUGUGACACGCUUGAGAUUGUUGACGCUACCAAAUGCUUGGCAUACAUCGCUCUCAGUUAUGUCAUUGGUGAGCAACCCUACGACAUGCGAAGGUCACGAGAGGAAUGUGCGCCUCGCUGGGAGGACUUCCCACGUACCAUCAGGGACGCAAUACAAUUCGUGAGGAAUGUUGGUGAACGCUAUCUAUGGGUGGAUGCGAUAUGUAUAGCAGCUGCGAACGAAGUCGAACGACAGAAGCAACUGAACGCUAUGGCUCAGAUAUACGCCAGAGCGCUAGCGACAUUAGUUGCCCUUGGUGGGAACAACAACAGCCCGAUUUGGGGUGUAUCCGUGGAACGCUCCUUACAAUUCGAAGUGGACACUAAUGGCGGACGCCUUCGGUUAGACACAUCAGUCAUCGAGACAAAAAUGCGCCAGUCGUCGUACUUCAAGCGUGGUUGGUGCCUGCAAGAAACACUUCUCUCCAGACGUCUGAUCUAUCCGCUCGAGGGCGGAUCACUCGUCGUAGACUCUAGCGGCUACAGCUUCGAAAAUGGCCUACAUCGGACGUGGGACACAGAAGAAUCUUCUUUCGCUGCGCUGAAAAGCUGUGCACCAGUCCAUGAACCCAUAAGCGUGGCGUUGUUCCUUCGACAUAUGAGUGACUAUGGCAGACGGCGCCUGACUCGGGAGAGCGAUGCAUUCGACGCUAUACGUGGGUACUUCAAUCGCCUACCUUGGCCUUCACUUUGGGGCGUGGCACUUCUACCAACAGUGUCCAGCCCUGACCGGCGAGGAGGGCCUCACGAUGCCGAGCAGAAUGAUGCACUGCGAGCCUUUUGUCGUGGACUCCUUUGGGAGCGCGAUUCGCAGCCCCUUUACUACUCCAAGCUUGCGCCCAAAAAGUGGGAAGGUAGAUCUCUUACGAAUGAAGACGUUGGGAAAGCUGAUGCAAUUCCCUCCUGGUCUUGGAUCGCGAAGCGACCGGCUCUGACAUACAGUCGGGGCUUUGUCUAUGUGUCCUCCGAGGAGCGGCAGACCUAUCCAGCUAACGUCUCCUUGCGUGGGGCCUCACAUCAGCGGACCACCCUGAAAGACUUCUCUCAGCAUGCUAUGUCUGGAGCCAUGGCAUCGGAAACAUACAGCCAGCUGACCCUACAUGGACCUCUCCUGAGCGUCCGUUUGACUCAUCAUCGGCGGGGCAACGUAAUGUUUGCAGAGAUACUGUGGCCCUGGGGGGAGGAGGUCAAGGAAGUCGCCAAAUGCGAAGCAAUCUAUCGGUUCGACAGUGACCAGCCACCAGAGCUUCAUCACGGCAAGAAUACAGUGCUGGGGAUCGUUCUUCUGAUCCACGAAUCCACUACACAAAUCGCUGCACACUGCCUUGCUGUAGAAGAAAUGGCCCGUUCCUGGCAAAGGAUUGGUACUCUCACAGUCACGUUCACCGACGAUGAGAGUGGUCUGACCACCGCAAACUGGCACGCGAGAAUUCGACGUUGGUUGCAACGACUACCGAAGCGCACUAUCAGCCUCGAAUGA